AGCUGUGAAGGAACCUAUGUACUUGAUUGACUGUAAAGAAGUCAAUCCAACGCAAAGAAAAUAUGUAGUCUUAGGCCCGACUGGAGAGCUCUUUAUUCUUUUAAGAAUUUUGAAGGUUCAUCCAGAAAGCGAUCUCGUCUAUCAAAAAGCACUAAAAGAAAAGGAAUUGAAAUUAAUUUUCAAUAAUUCCCCUCAAAUUACUUAUCCAAGCAAAGGGAUUGUUGAUCAACUUAAAGCAAUCGCCUCAAGAGACCAAAAAAAGCGUAAACCGAUAGAUGAUGAUUGUUCAUGCUGGUAU